AAAAUACUCUUAACCCUCAGCUCCGCAAUGAAAUUCCCGCGAUCCUCUUUCUUAAUCUUCCUUUCCAUCUCAUUAUCAAUCGUAGCUACAUCUUGGAGCUCUUCAAUUAUCAAUCCCUCGAAGGUCAAACAAAUUUCAUGGAAACCCAGGGCUUUUGUGUAUAAGGGAUUUCUUACGGAUGAAGAAUGCAAUCAUUUGAUUUCUCUGUGUUGAUGGAGUAGGCGAAAUCGGAGCUGAAGAGAUCGGCGGUGGCGGAUAAUUUAUCUGGCGAAAGUAAGCUCAGCGAGGUUCGGACUAGCUCCGGCAUGUUUAUUCCUAAGGGAAAGGAUCCCAUUGUUGCCGGUAUAGAGGAGAAAAUUGCGACAUGGACCUUUUUACCUAAAGAGAAUGGUGAAGACAUACAAGUACUUCAUUAUGAGUAUGGACAGAAAUAUGAUCCGCACUAUGAUUACUUUGCCGACAAGGUGAAUAUUGCUCGUGGAGGACACCGUAUAGCCACAGUACUGAUGUAUCUCUCUGAUGUUGAAAAAGGGGGCGAAACAGUUUUUCCUAAUGCUGAGGAUUUAUCCCGUCGGCGAUCUAUGACUAGUGAUGAGGAUCUGUCAGACUGUGGGAAGAAAGGUAUCGCAGUGAAACCUCACAAAGGAGAUGCACUUUUAUUCUUCAGUCUGCACCCAAGUGCCAUUCCAGACCCUAUCAGUCUUCAUGGGGGUUGCCCGGUGAUUGAAGGUGAGAAAUGGUCGGCAACAAAGUGGGUUCAUGUAGACAACUUCGACAAGAUUUUGGGAUCCACUGAUAACUGCACAGAUACAAAUGACAAUUGUGAGAGAUGGGCAGCCCUAGGCGAAUGCAAGAAAAAUCCGGAGUAUAUGGUGGGAUCACCAGAAAUUCCAGGGUCGUGUAGGAAGAGCUGCAAAGUCUGUUAGGAGUUAUGUAGUAUGAUGCUUUCCACUGACAGGCAUUUUUGUCUGAGAAAUCACUGUACUUGUUCAUUAUUUAAAUGGUAUUCCUGUUUAUUGAGGGUUUUAGGCGUGACUGCUACUCUGAAUUUUCUCAAGAGAUCAGAGCACACGUAUAUGCAUUGUAUUUACUAUUUACUCUACUCAAGCUUAAUAAUUUUUUCUUCCCUUUUA